AUGAACAACCCGACACAUGCAGCUGCCCCCUCAGUAGUUGGUCUUGUAAAUGCGCAGUGUCCUAGUGCCCAUCGUCUGUUGUCCCGCCCCGCCCCCCGUGCUGUGGACACCCAGGCCCCGCGCAUCCGCCCUCGAGUGCUGUGUUUGAGGAUCAUCUGCAGUUGUCAUUUCUCUCCACUGGAUGUUAUUUAUAAAGAUUUGACCCGUUCACACGUGCGUGGAGCAGCCCUGCCUCCCAGCUCUAGUAACCUUAGCUCGUGUCGCCUCGUGGGGCCUGUCCGCCGGCACUGGCGUGGGGGAGCCCACCCGCCGGCCGCGCUCCUGGCCGGGGGCCGCGGGCCGAGCCUGCCCGGGCCGGCGCUGUGUCCAAUAAAGCUCUCGGAUGUGACUGGAGCCCGUGUCCGGACGGCUGGUGUGGGCGCGGGGCGGGCGGGAGCCGUCAGCGGGUCACGUGCCGCGGCGGUCACGUGGCCGGGGCCGUCAGCUGAGGGUCACGUGGCGCGGCUGUGGCGGCUCACCAUGCGCGGCGGGCAGGGCGCGGCGCGGGCUCCGGUGCUCCAGUUCACCAACUGCCGCAUCCUGCGCGGCGGGGCGCUGCUCAGGGAGGACCUCUGGGUGCGCGGGGGCCGCAUCCUGGACCCGGAGAAGCUGUUCUUUGAGGAGCGGCGCGUGGCGGACGAGCAGCGGGACUGCGGAGGACGCAUUCUGGCGCCGGGAUUCAUCGACGUGCAGAUUAACGGUGGGUUUGGUGUGGACUUCUCUCAGGCCACGGAGGACGCGGGCGCGGGGGUGGCCCUGGUGGCCCGGAGGAUCCUGUCGCACGGCGUCACCUCCUUCUGCCCCACCCUGGUCACUUCCCCGCCGGAGGUCUACCACCAGGUCCUUCCUCAGAUCCCUGUGAAGAGUGGUGGUGCCCAUGGGGCGGGGGUCCUCGGGGUGCAUCUGGAAGGCCCCUUCAUCAGCCGAGAGAAGCGGGGCGCUCACCCCGAGGCCCACCUGCGCUCCUUUGAGGCUAAUGCCUUCCAUGAUAUACUGGCUACCUACGGGCCGCUGGACAAUGUCCGCAUCGUGACGCUGGCCCCUGAGCUGGGCCGCAGCCAUGAGGUCAUCCAGGCACUGACGGCCCGCGGCAUCUGCGUGUCCCUAGGACACUCAGUGGCCGACCUGCGGGUGGCAGAGGAAGCCGUGAGAAACGGGGCCACCUUCAUCACGCAUCUGUUCAACGCCAUGCUGCCUUUCCACCACCGUGACCCUGGGAUCGUGGGGCUGCUGACCAGCGACCAGCUGCCCCCUGGCCGCAGCAUCUUCUAUGGGAUGAUUGCUGACGGCACUCACACCAACCCUGCUGCCCUGCGCAUGGCCCACCGGGCCCACCCUCAGGGACUGGUGCUGGUCACCGAUGCUGUCCCAGCCCUGGGCCUGGGCAAUGGCCGCCACACGCUAGGGCAACAAGAAGUUGAAGUAAAUGGGCUGACAGCCUAUGUUGCAGGGACCAAGACACUGAGUGGCAGCAUUGCUCCAAUGGAUGCAUGCGUCCGGCACUUCCUGCAAGCUACAGGCUGCAGUGUGGAGUCGGCACUGGAGGCCGCGUCCUUGCACCCCGCCCAGCUGCUGGGACUGGAGAAGAGCAAGGGCAGCUUGGACUUUGGUGCUGACGCAGACUUCGUGGUGCUGGACGACUCCCUGCACGUGCAGGCCACUUACAUCUCUGGUGAGCUGGUAUGGCAGGCCGAUGGUGCCCAGCCGUGACCCAGGACCCCGGAUCGCAGCUGGAGAGGUGGGGCCAGCGUUGACACUGCUGGACAGAGGUGCCCCGCAGGACGUGCCUGUCUGCCUGUGUGGGGCAUACCUGCUUGGUGUGGCACCCAGGACAUAGGCAGGUGGUGCUGCCAGCUCUGCCCAGCCCUGUGAGGGUCACCUGGCUGAUGCCUGAGGCUUGCCGGCUCGUGCAAGUUGGUGCAGUUGGGAGUGGGGGGCACCCCGGGAGGCCCAGGCCGGGUGGCAGUGUGAAGAGGGGCACUGCUUGCUUGCCGACCUGAGCUGAUCUGGCAGUGCACAGCCCAGCUCCCAGUCCCACCACCACUUCCUGUGUGGAAAACCAAGACCCCACUGUCUGCCCUGUGUACUCUCAGCAGCUUUGUCCUCUGAGCCCACCCACGGGGUCGGCUAUGCUGACCCUGCUCGUCCACCCUGCCGCUCUCUCUUCACGUCCCACACAGAAAGCCUGCCUUCCAGGCACCUCCUGGCCCCAAGGACUGCGAGGCAUCAGGGGCGGACUUUGGGGGCUGGAGAGGCCGGGGCAGGGGAUAACCUCCACGUCGGAGUCCUGGUGCCACCCUCGCUGCCCCAUGCCAGAGAACUGGCCAACUGGUCAGAGCCUGCACCUGCACACUGCCUGAGCCAACAGCCGCAGCGCUGGAGCCCCCACGGAGCCCCCUGCCCACCUCCACCAGAUGGAGAGGGGCUGCUGGGGGCAGUGAGCAGGACAGGAGAAACCCAGCAGGACAUUUUUUAAAACUUGUGAUAAAAAUACAGAUGACCAGUUCA